AUGUUCGGAGUACAACUUACGCCCAACACUUCGUAUCUCCCCUUGCUAACUUGUCGGACAGGUCGAUUGGUACGCUUGAUUCCGGAUUCGUUGACAAACCCUGAGAGGUCAGCUGUCAAGGCAUUGUUUAACCAUCGGCUGUCUGCGGAAGCAGGCAGCGCAACCAAUGAAUGGCAGUCCAUCGUGGACGGCACGUCUGGGCUAUGGACAGCUAUCACCCCCGCCAAGAAAGAGUUGAUACGCUCAUUCUUCAAUGUAUUAAAUCUGGAAAUUCUGAAACGAGCCCGACCGCCAUCAUCAACCUUUGACUUUACCUCCGCAAGUGUCGGAAAUCUUUUCUUGACUGCCGCCCGGCUGUUCAGUGGAAGCUUCGAAAGUGCCAUCUACCUACUCGGGAGCAUAUGCGGCGUCCCGUCAGAUCUGGUGCGCGUGAUCCCAGCAAUCAACUCCAAUUUCUCCCACCAUAUCUCUGCAUCGCUUGCGGAUGGAACUGUGAUUGUCGGUCAGAAUAGUAUCUCGCAUCCAAGCGAGGCGACGGCCCUCGAGCACAAUCCCAGCUCCAGGAGACCAAGUCUGCUCCUUGCCGAUGGCGACGAUGACUACACGGAUUCCGAAAUGUCGGACCCGACAAUAUACGAGGAGGAUCAUCUUCCUGGCUCUCUGGCAACUCUCCGCAACAAGAAUAUCAAAUUCAGUAAAACCGAGAAUGAAGAUUUGAGUUCUCGAAUCACUCGCAUCUGGUACAUCAACCCCUACGGCCAAGAGAUCCGACCGCCCGCAAAUCCGCGAGUGCUUGAAGCAAUAAACGACUCCCAGGCUAUUAUCUACAGUAUCGGAUCUCUCUACACAUCAAUCAUCCCUGCUAUCAUCCUGCGAGGCGUCGGCAAAAGCAUCGUCUCCAGUCCCGCCCGACACAAAAUCCUCAUUUUGAACGGAUCAUUGGAUCGGGAAACAGGGCCUCCAUCCGCACCAUUUGUCGCGUCUGAUUUUGUGGAAGCAAUUGUAAGCGCCGGAGAGGAGAGCCGUGGACGGGGUCCGAUUUUUCAUUCUCAGCAUCAAAGUCACAACUCAGCGACUACUUCGGUGCAAGAAAAUGUUCGAAAUUAUAGAGCCCUUCCUUAUACCAACUAUGUGACCCAUAUCUUGCAUCUGGAUGGUCCGGGGACACCGCAUGUGGACCGUGAGCGGCUCACACAUAUGGGCAUUGAAACGCUUCGUCUCUAUGGACGAAAAACCACGGCCAGGGAUGGAGAUAAGGAGACCGUUGUGGGGAUGCAAUAUGACCCCAAUGCCCUUGUGCAGGCCAUUGAGGUGGUAUUGGGGAAGAAGGGGGAUGCAAUGGUUCGUGGGGGAUUGGGAAAUGCGCUGGGUCGACGGAAUACACUUGAUCCUGCAAGAAGAGACCGAAAGGAUAUGCAAUAG